GUCCCAGAUGGGCGUCAUGGAACCUGGUAUAUUCAUCUGUAUCCGCUGUGCUGGGAUCACAGGAAACCUGGGUGUCCCACAUCUCCAGGGUCAGUCUGUCAACUGGACCAAUGGAACAGGAACAGAUACAGUCAGAAGUCCAAACGGAAAAGAGAAAGCUGGAAACAUCCCCAUGGAGCCAGUAGUGGUUGAGAAGAUGAAGUUGAAGAGAGAAAACAGCCCAAAGACACAGACCCAGUCUCCGUCUAUCUCUGACCUCCUAGGACUUGUAUGCAUUCAAUCCAGCCCUGGAGAGAGGGGGAGUCCUGUGGCGGCUAACCCAGCUACGAUGCACUCUGACCUGAAUCUAUUCAGCUCUCUGCCUGCCUCUUCCACCACCUCCACCAAGACAGCGCCGGUGGGUAGCUCCAUGCCCAGGGGUUGUGUGGCCGCGUCGGUACCCGAGAACCUCAGCCUGUUCCUGGACUCAGCACCCAGACAGGAGGGCUCUAGGACGAAGAUGUCCAACGACUCUAUCCUCUCCCUCUACGCAACCACACCCACAUGGCCCCAGAACCUGGCUGCACGAGCUGGCCUGUACAUGAACCCAGCCCAGCUGGGCUACUACGGKUCAUACCAUUCCCUGGCCACGCAGGGGGGAGCGAUGGGAGGAGGCAUGAUCACAUCACACUCCAUGAUGGCCCUGAGUGGUCAGCAGCAGAAUGGCAUGAUGGGAGAACAGCAGAACGGAAUGGUACUAGGACAGCAGAAUGGCUUUAUGGCUCAACAGGGUGUCACGGGGCAAGCGGUCAACAUAUCCCCGUUCCUGGCAGGAGUGCCCCACAACAUGAUGGCUCAGCAGCAAAGCAUCAUGGGAGCUCAGCAGAACGGCAUGAUGGGAGCUCAGCAGCAAAGCAUCAUGGGAGCUCAGCAAAACGACAUGAUGGGAGCUCAGCAGCAAAACAUCAUGGGAGUUCAGCAGAAUGGCAUUAUGGGAGUUCAGCAAAACGACAUGAUGGGAGUUCAGCAGAACGGCAUGAUGGGAGUUCAGCAGAACUGCAUGAUGGGAGCUCCGCAGAACGGCAUGAUGGGAGCAAACGGCAUGAUGGGAGUUCAGCAGAACGGCAUGAUGGGAGUUCAGCAGAACGGCAUGAUGGGAGUUCCGCAGAACGGCAUGAUGGGAGUUCAGCAGAAUGGCAUGAUGGGAGUUCAGCAGAACGGCAUGAUGGGAGUUCAGCAGAACGGCAUAAAGGGGGGAGUGGCGGCCAUGCCUCAGCAGGUGUACGGAGUACAGCAGGGUCAGCAGCAACAGUGGAACAUCACUCAGAUGACCCAGCACAUGGCGGGACUGAACCUCUACGGAGCCAACGGCAUGAUGGGAUACGGCGGUCAGCACAUGGAAGGACCAACGACUCAAAGCUCCACCCACGUGAUGACAUCACACAUCUGGAAGUGAUGUCAUUAUCUGAAGAGGAAGUGCAGUUGAUGUCACUGGAGCAGCAGUGGUGCUUGGAAGGUUUUGGGGACUUUUCUACUAAAC